GCUAGGUGUCGGCGAGAGUUCCCCCGCGUCCGACGCGCCUCCGCGGGGCUCCGGCCGCGCGCAGCGCCCGUUGCAGAGAAGCGGCGGCUCUCCUUUCCUCCCCCGACGGCGCGGCCAUGGCGUUCGCGUUGCUGCGCCCCGUGGCGGCUCGCGUCCUGUACCCGGAGCUGCGCCUGCUGUCGGAGGAGGACGACGCGUCGGAGGACGACGAGGAGGCGCGCAGCGGAGGCAGCAGCGACGCGUCGGAGCGCUCGUUCGGCUGCUGCCCGGCCGCUGCCCGGCCGCCCGGUGGGCCGGUGGUGGUGGUGAAGCAGCGGCAGGCGGCCAACGCCCGCGAGCGGGACCGGACGCAGAGCGUGAACACGGCCUUCACUGCGCUGCGCACCCUCAUCCCCACCGAGCCCGUGGACAGGAAGCUGUCCAAGAUCGAGACGCUGCGCCUGGCGUCCAGCUACAUCGCGCACCUGGCCAACGUGCUGCUCCUGGGCGACGGCGCCGACGACGGGCAGCCCUGCUUCCGCGCCCUGUGCGGGGCCAAGGGAGACGUGAGGGAGCCGGGCAAGCAGCCGCGCAGCAUCUGCACCUUCUGCCUCAGCAACCAGAGGAAGGGGGGCAUCCGGCGGGAUCUGGGCGGGGGCAACUGCCUGAAGGCGAGAGGCGUGAGCCACCUCAAGGUGCUGCGGAGAUGAGACGGAGGAGAGACAACCGCCUGUCUGAGAAGCCAAGGUGGGCUUGAUGCCUGGGGCGGCUUGAAUUGGAUGUUCCUGACUGGGGCAAGAGGGUAGGGUGACUGGAACCAGGGUGGGCUCGGUGCUGGCGGGUGACAAGCUCCAAGACGACGGGGAAGCUCGCCCUGCGGACUCGGAGGAGACGGGAGAGGGUGGGAACGACACCCCCCCAAACCGAGCUGCAGUGCAACGAGGGAUUGCGGUUUGCCAAGGAGAGAUGGGACAAACCAUUCCUUGGACAUCUGCCCAGAUCCAGGAGGAGCCACCCCACCACCGGUGCUCUUCCAGUAGGGGAGAGGGCACAAGAACUUAGUGGAUCCUGGGGGGGUGGGCAGGGGCUCCUGAGACCUCUAGCCUACUUUCGAAUGGACAACGUUGAAACAGAGCUUUAUCCAAGAUGAUUGCUGGUCCGUAUGAUCACUGUCGGUAGUUGUUAUUAUUUCCUCAUUCAGCAGGGCUUGAAAAUAAAGUUAUUUUUCACAUCC